GGACGGAUCAGAUGAAUAUGUGAGUAGCCUUGUCUCUUUCUCUCUUUUUCUCUCUCCAUUGCAUCGUGGUAUUGAAGUGACAGUUCGACUAACUAUAGUAAAAAGACUAGUCUGAAAAAUCCUCUGCCUUGUUCAACAUUCAAAGAAUCAGAAAACUUUAAAUGUAAUGCCAAUUGGAAAAAUGGAUUUAGAAGAAGAACUUUUGCAAAUGCACACAACAGAUGUUCAAAAUUCUAAUCUUUAUAAAUUACUUCUAAAGAGUUUGCAAUCAAAACACUUUGCAGUUUUUAAAAGUUUCAUUAAUAAGGCUCUAAAGAAACAUGAAACUGGAAUUAAUGUGGAUUAUGCUUUUCCGGAUCCCUAUAAUAAAACAUUUUUGGACAUAGCUUGCUGCGAAGGAUUAAAAGAUUUUGUAGAAUUAUUGCUGGAAUUAGGUGCAAAUCCUAAUAAAAUUAAUGAAACAUACAAUCGAUCGCCACUUCAUUUUGCUGCAGAAAAUGGACAUGCAGAAGUUUUACAAAUACUUUUGGAAGAUCCAGCCAUUAAUCCUAAUCUCGAAGUAGGACGUCAAACUGCUUUUCAUAUUGCUGUCAAAAAUAAAGAUCUACAAUGUGUUAAAGUACUUUUAAGUGCAGAAGCAAGACCAGAUAUUGCAAAUGCCAAAGGAAUAACAGCUAUUCAUCAAGCUGCUUUAACAAGACAAAAAGAAAUCGUUCAUUUAAUUCUCAGUACAAAAUUUACAAUUCCUUUGGAUAUUGAUACUUUUAGAGAUUAUAAACAACAAACUGCAAGGGAUUUAUUGAAACAAAAUUGUCCUGAAUUUGAUUUACCAGAACAAAAAUCACGAAAAGUUGAUUUUAAUCUAUUAAGGUACUAUUUAGAUGCAAAUGAUGAGAAGAAUUUUUUGAUAAAUUUAUCACAAAUUAAUGAUAAUGAAUCAAUUAAUUUUAAUGAACUUAUAAAAAUUGCUUCAGAACAUAAUUUAUCUGAGGCAAUUGUCAAAUUAAUAAGUAGAGAGGAACUUGUCGAAAUGUCAGAAGCAGCAGAAAUUGCUGUACGUCGUGGUCAUUAUGAAGUGUUGAAAAAAAUUUUAAAUUAUGAUUGUCAUAUAGGAAAAAAAUUGCUUAUUUUAGCUUGUCAGGAAUUGUCAACACCAUGUAGAAGAAGUUUAGAUUAUCAAAAGAUAAGGCUUAAAUGUUUGAAAAUUAUUCUUAAACAACAAGAUGUUGACGUACGCAUUGAAGAUGAAAAGGGAAAUACUCCAUUACAUUAUGCGGCAAGAGCUGAAAAUUCAGAAGCAGUGGAACUAUUAUUGCAAGCUGGAAGUUACAUUGGUCAUCUAAAUCAAUUAGGUGUUCCUCCUUUGGCUCAUAUAAGCUCUGAGAUAUUAAAUAAUUAUUUUAAUACCUGCAUCAAUAGUAGCAAUGAACGUUCAGACGAUUGUGAAAUACAUUUUGAUUAUAAAUGUUUAAUGCCUAAUGUUUUUAAAAAUAAUGGAGAAGAACCACUUUUAGGUAGUAAUCAACGGAAUUCGAAUAAAAAUAUUAUGGAAAUGCAAUCAUUACGAUACAUAGCGGAAACUAAAGCAUUGAAGCAUCUUUUAAAGCAUCCACUGUUAACAUCAUUUUUAUUUAUCAAAUGGAGCAGAAUUCGUUAUAUUUUAUAUGCUAAUUUAUUUUUUUACUUCAUGUUUUACGUGUUAAUGAAUACGUAUAUAAUUUUUGUAAAUUCAAAGGAGGAGAAUUUAAAGAAUAAUGUUCGAACAGCAGAAGAGGGUAUAUUUUUGUCAAUAACUGGCAUUGCAUUAAUAAUUCUUGCGAUAAGAGAAAUAUGUCAGUGUUUAUCUUCACCAGGUCACUAUCUCACAAGUUUUGAAAAUUGGUUUGAAAUAGCAUUAAUAAUUUUGGCAGCAAUAUUUUUAGGCAACAAUAAUGCCCAAAUUGGAGCAAUAGUGAUAUUGUUUUCAGCUUGGGAGCUAGUCAUUCUAAUUGGUCAAUUACCUAAAAUGUCAACGGGAAUUGAAAUAUUUAAAAAAGUUUCCCUUAAUUUUAUGAAAUUUCUUUUCUUAUAUGCAUUUUUGAUACUUUCAUUUGCAUUGGCGUUUUAUACUUUAUUCAAAGAUGGUGCUGAUGACAAUAAACCUUUUCCAAAUGCAGCUCAAUCAAUUUUUAAAACAAUUGUAAUGCUAACGGGAGAAUUUGAAGCCAGCGACAUACCAUUUGUAAUUCAUCCUGUUUUGGGUCAUGUAAUUUUUGUACUUUUCGAAUUUUUAAUUGCUAUUGUUCUUUUUAAUUUAUUAACUGGUCUUGCUGUUAGUGACACACAGGAAAUAUUGUCUGAAGCCGAACUUGUUAGUUUAAUUUCACGGACCAAACUGAUUUCAUACAUUGAAGGAGUAACAGUGGGUUUACCAUAUCAUUCGAGAAAUAAAUUAUCUUGUUGCCUACAACCAAUUGUGCGAAAUUCAACAAUUAGUCCACUCUAUUUAAUUGCUAAGAGAGUUAUAAUAUUUAAAAAAUUUUUACCCGAAGGUAAAUUAAGCGUUAAACCAUAUAAGAAUCAUGAAAUUGUACUACAAGGACGUCGAAAUUUUGCAUCAAAAGCAUUUCCAAUUCUUCAAUUAGACUCAUCGAUUACAAUAAGUGCAAAAUCAAUUCUCUCCGAACGUGAAUAUAUUUCCAAAGAGGAUAAAAUUAUUUCUAAAUUAGAAUCAUUUAACAAAAGACUGGAGAAAAUUGAGACUCUUAUUUUGACAUUGGGAGAAUCUUUACAAGCAAAUAAAAAUGUAUCUGACAAUGAAAAUAUUGAUAGUUAGCUUUAUUUUAUAUGAUAAAAAUUGACUUCAUGAGUAAAAAUAUGUUUUAGACAUAUACAGGAAAAAAAAAAUUAAAAAAGACAUAUUUGGAAACAAAUAUUAUUAGAUUUAUGUAAUUAUAAUAAUAAUAUUCUUAGAGAUUUAGUGAGUUAAAGAAAAACUUAUUUUUAAUAAGAAUCUAUUAAAUAAUGUUGAUUUAAUUUUGUAAUUUAUAUAUUUUAUAAUAGAAAUAUUUAAAUAUGCGAACUUUUUGUAAAAUGCAAUGUGAUAAUUAAAAAACAAGACAAUAAUAAACCCAGUAUUUUUCAACUAUUUAUGUAGUUAUUUUUUUAACGUCUUAUAAUAUUAAAUAUCGCCAUGCUACAUUCCGGACCGUGCAUACAAUUUUAUUAAAACAGACUAAAUUUUCUAAUUAGACAUAUAAAAAUACUUCCUAUUACAAUGAUAGAAUGGAAAUAGGAAAAAGAAUUUA